UUCCUCUGUUUCUGUUCUGACAGCUCAACUCUUUUUCUGGAUCAUCAACCAGACGAACUAAAGCCGUAAAACGCUGCUUUGGAAAAAAAAGAUAGCUGCAGGGAAUGCACAGCUUCCGUACUCGAUUAAAAAAUACAGCGUUUUAAUGUAACUUUCUUCAGUGUUUUGGAGGCGGUGGAGCGUCGUGCUGACGGUUUGACAAGUUAAUUUUCUAUUAUAAUAAGUGUAGCACUGUGGAUUGAAUACAUGCCGAGUUGACACCUGGAUUCUGCCGAUUCUCUGAGUUUUCACGACGUUGCUUGUAAAGAUUCUGAAGCCGAGCGGGUGAAGUUAGCAGUGAGCAGCUUCAUCUCCACUUGCUUGCAGAGACACAAAACAAAAUGCCGUCCAACAAAUCAGUGUCAGAUGCUCCAAUCACCCAGUUCAUCAACUGCAGGAUACUGAAAGACCACAAGCUGCAGAGAGAGGACCUGUGGGUGCGUGAAGGCAGAAUUUUAAAUCCAGAGAAACUGUUCUUCGAUGAACAGGGCUACGCUGACAAACAUGUGGACUGUAAAGGCAGCAUCAUCGCCCCGGGAUUUAUAGACGUCCAGAUCAACGGGGGUUACGGCAUCGACUUCUCUCUGGUGUCUGAAGACAUCAGUGGUGGAGUUUCUGUUGUGGCCAAAAAGAUCCUUGAACAUGGAGUGACGUCUUUCUGUCCAACUCUGGUCACUUCUCCUGCUGCUGUCUACCACAAGGUUUUGCCUCAGGUCAAAGUUCACAAUGGAGGACAGCAUGGAGCUGGAGUUCUUGGUUUUCAUCUGGAGGGUCCGUUCAUCAGCGCUGAGAAGAAGGGAGCCCACCCAGAACAGUACCUCAGAACCUUCCAGUCCGGAGGGGUCCAGGACCUGAUGGAGGUCUAUGGCAGCCUGGACAAUGUUACCAUGGUGACACUGGCUCCUGAGCUGGCCAACAGCCAAUCAGUGGUGAGGGAGCUUUGCCAGAGAGGCAUCACUGUGUCCUUAGGUCACUCGGUGGCCAACCUGUCUCAGGCUGAGGAGGCUGUUCAACAUGGAGCCUCCUUCAUCACUCACCUGUUCAACGCCAUGCUGCCGUUCCACCAUCGUGACCCUGGUAUCGUGGGUCUGCUGACCAGCGAUCAGGUUCCUGCAGGCCGGACGGUGUAUUAUGGGAUGAUUGCUGACGGGAUCCACACCAACCCUGCAGCGCUGCGAAUCGCCCACCGAGCUCAUCCCUCAGGUUUGGUUCUGGUGACGGAUGCCAUCACAGCGAUGGGUCUUCCUCCGGGGCGUCACACUCUGGGCCAGCAGGUCAUCGAGAUCCAGGGUCUCCACGCUCACGUGGCAGGCACUAAGACGCUCAGCGGCAGCAUCGCCACCAUGGACAUGUGUGUAAGGCACUUCAAACAGGCUUCAGGCUGCAGUGUAGAAGAAGCUCUGGAAGCUGCUUCCCUCCAUCCUGCUCAGCUGCUGGGAAUCAGCCACAAUAAGGGGAAGCUGGACUACGGCUGUGAUGCAGACCUGGUUCUGCUCGAUGACGCCCUCAAUGUCAAAGCCACCUUCAUUUCGGGAGAAGAAGUUUGGAGAAAAGAACCAUAGAAGAAGAAGAAGAAAAUGGAAACUGCUGAGACCUUCUGUGCCUUUUGUUUCUGCAUCCAGUCACUGUGGGAAACGAGUUUUAUGAACCUGCAUUCAGACUCUUUAUAGUUUAUUUUUUUGGUAUUAAAGUCAAUGUUACUGUAGGAUGAUGUCCUUCUGCAGAGCAAUAACUGGACUGUUUGUUUUUUUUUUUUUACAAUAGAGAAGAGCUGUCAUAUUAAACACUAGACAAUACUCAAAGUGAAACAAUUCAGCACUUUUUCUGCCGGGUUUACUUCAUUACAGAUCUUUACAUUACACACUUUACAUUACUGUCACUAUUAAAUAAAACAUAUUUUUUCAGAUACAGUCCACGGUGCUGCUGCGAUGUUUCAGGUGCUAAUAUGCUGUUUUUUAGGAGAGUAGCUGUUAGUCAUGUGAAGUCACUAAUGGCUUCACAGUCAGUCACAAACACAUGAUAGACAUGCUGGAAGUGUUCAUUAAAAGUGCCUGCAAUGGUGUAAAAAUACUCUAAAA